CAAAUAUAGUUGAGCAGUUAGUACUGACACCUACAAUUCUUUGAUCUUUCAAUGUCAACGAACAUUUACAAAGAUUGUGAUAAGAUCUUGAGAAUCAAUAGCUGCUGAGGGAAAAUAAACUCGACUUUUGUAAAAUUCGCGUAGUUCUUUAUUCCGUUUAAAAUGAGCCAAAAAAGUUUCACCUAUUACAAAUGGAUAACAUUUGUAUCAAUGUAUUCUGGAUACUUCCUAUACAUAUUGGACAGGAAAGCUUUCGCUUUUUGUAUGCCUGCAAUCAUGCAACAAUUAUCUUUCGGAGAAAAUGAACUUGGUAAAGAUUCUUUGAAGCCCGUCAAAAUUAAACAUAAUCAAUUAUAUAAUUAAGCUAAGAAAAGUUGAUUUUUUACAUUUUGAAUUUGUUUAAAAAGAAGAAAAGAAUAGCUUGAAUUAUAAAAGAAUUGUAAAAAAAAUUGUUUAAUAAUAGGUCUAUUGGCAAGUUCGCAGAAUAUUGCUUAUACGAUAAGUAAAUUCAUUGGAGGAAUCCUUGCGGAUCGAUAUAGUUGCAGAUGGCUGUUUGCUUUCGGCCUUUUCCUUAACGGCUUUAUUAUUGUCAUGUUUACAGCAUUUGAAAAUAUUUACGUUCUAACGCUCAUCAUGUUUGUCAAUGGUUUGGCUCAGGGUUUUGGUUGGCCUGCGGCUGCAAAAAUGCUUAAAAAUUGGUUCUCGCCUACCGAACUCGGUACAUGGUGGAGUAUUUUGUCAUCUUCAAUGAAUAUUGCAUGCAGUGUAGGUCCUAUAGUAGCAACAUAUCUCAUCGGAAUUUACGGAUGGAAAUCAUUUUUCUAUAUUAUUGGUGUUUUCUCUGUUUUGUUAACGCUUUCAACAAAGUUUUCUCUGUUCGACAAACCCCAAGAUUUUGGCUAUAAGCCUAUAGUUAAAGAUCAAACUACAAAACAAGGAAGAGGCUCUUUCAAAGAUUUACUAACAAAUCGUUUAAUGUGGAUUGUUGGCUUCUGCUAUAUGAACAUAUUUUUAAUUCGCACAGCUGUCCUAGAUUGGGGCCAACUAUUCUUUAUACAAGAUAAGAAACAAUCGGCAUUAGUUGCUAGUUCCUACGUCAGUUCUCUAGAGAUCGGUGGAUUUUUUGGUUCAAUUGUUGCCGGAUAUGCUACCGACAAGGCCGUAUCGGCAUACGGUAAAUCAACGAAAUUUGGAAGCACUAGAAUGAUUGCAACCCUAAUUGGCUGGAUUGGAACAAUAACUUUCUUGCAUUUGACAGUCUUUUUAGUAAAUAAAGAUUCUUCCCAACUGUUAAUAUGGACUUUGGGUCUUUUAUUGGGAGCGGCUGUCUAUUGUCCAAUCAACUCAUACGGUGUAGUUGUCAUUGAAGCAUCACCUUCGCAUCUAUCUGGAACAGCUCAUGCUCUUGUAGGAUUUGCAGCAAACAUUGGAGGAGUAAUGGCUGGCUUACCUUUAAGCUCGUACGCAAAGUAUUACGCAUGGACUGGAUCUUUUAUCUUGUUAGAAAUUAUCGGAGUUAUUACAAUAAUAAUUUGCGCAAUAGCUCUGAGAAAUGUUAAAUAUUCAACUGUUAAUAUGAAGAAAAAGGAUGAAUAAAUAACAAUAAAUUUUAUUAGGUAACAUAGACAAUAUAGAACAAAAGUAUCUAGUUAAGAAGGAAAUAAUAAAGAAUAUCUAUCUAUUAAGCGUAAAAGAGAAGCUAAGAAUAUCGUCAACCUUACCAGAUAAUUUCUCCUUACUGUUUUGUUUAACGCAAUUUAGAUAAAUCAGGA